AUAAUCAGAAGCGAACUUUAAACAAUUAGUUUUGAUUAAAAUCUUGUAAUAGGCACAAAACAAAAAUGUACUUCGGCUUUCUAUGUCAAAUAACUGUAAUUGUAUUCAUUUUUAAAAUCAAUGAAAUCAAUUCCGCUGGUCAAUUCUAUACAACAAUCGAAAAUAAACAAUAUUAUGUGGACAAAAAUAACAAGUAUACUUUCGAUAAUAGUAUAUUAGAAUGUUUAAAAUUAAACAUGACAUUGAUUGCAAUUGACAGCAUGAAGGAGGAAGAGGCAAUAACACAACUUUUAUUAAAUAAAAAUAAUUUUUCAUCUCUACCUAAAUUAUGGAUUGGUGGUGUUAUAAUACCAGGAACACGUACCGCCGUUUGGAUAUCAACUGGCAAACUAUUCGAUAACUGGUAUCGUGGAAAUCCAGAUUAUGACUAUCCCUGUAUUUUAGUUGGUUGGGAUUCUAAAACUCAAUGGACUGAUUAUAUUUGUACAAAAAAAUAUGGAUUCAUAUGCGAAUAUCCGAGCGAGAGAAAAUUGCAAGAAGAGCACGAAAAGCUAAAAGAUGAAUUAAAAACCGAAAAUGAAAAAAACGAUUAUUUACAAAAAGAACUAAAUAAAGAAAAAGAGUUAUCAGAAAAUCUUAAGCAACAAUUAGAAGUUAAGGUAAUGGAAGAAAACGCCGAUCAACAGUUGGUGUUACCAAGCUCAAUAGAACAACCAGCUGCUCCGUCUUUAGAAAGUGUUGAGCCGGAUUCAUGUGAAGUGCCAAAUAAUCAACCGCAAGGAUAUUCACAACAAUUUUUAUUUUCACACGUACAAAAUGCAUAUUUUAUGCCUAACAGAUAUUAAAUUUUACUUUUCUCUUCUAAAUUAUAUGAAAGAUUAAUUCUAAUAAAUAUUUCAACACUUAA